UUCUUUUUCCCUAUUUUUUUUAAUUAUUUAAGUAUGUGAUAACACUGUUAACCUAGACAUUAGUCUGGGCUGUUGCAAAGCUGGAUAUUUGACACGUUCGAAUAAUAAAUCCUUUAUUGCUUCCAAAAAAUUAUUAUAUUGCAUUUCACCGGAUGUAUAAAUGUGAAGCAUCCGCUUGGCGUUUCCUCUCACUACCAGCCCAGUGGGAGAAAUUGGAACGAGAUGGAUUUUCUGCACAUUUUCUCAUCGAUUAAACGUUUGAUGUCAAUACAGUUUUCUGUUUGCAAAACUAAAAUAUGUUCUGUACAGAGUGAACUAAUUUUUGUCGAAAUUACCCUUUGCAAAAUAUGUUUUAAAAAAUAGCGUUGUUUAUGAGUGAAAAGGCGAAUUUAGUUAUUACACACAUUCGAAUCACAGAGUCGGCGUUCCCUAACGGAAAUAUGCAAAUUCUUGCUAGAACACACCAAUAGGAUCUCGCUAGCUCGUGCUUGGCUCUGCCCACCUCCCUGUUUGUUCUGCCCACUAUGACUAAUUUGUUCCAAUUUGACACGACAGGCUGUGGUCUAUCUUGGUUUAGUUAAAAAUCUUCCUAGUCAGAUUUGUUUCCUCCCACAAUGUAUCAAUGCUAACUGUUUUUGUCUAGGGACAGGUUUAGGAGAUCAGUGGCAGUGCGCAUGUGGUUGUGGAUGAUUCAGCGAGAGUCGAGUCCAGUGAGCAGAGCAACUGAGAGCACUUGACAGCGGCGAGCUUAGCAACACUAGCUAGCUACUGAACAAGCGAAACAAGCGUUUUUUUCGGACAAUGAAUAUUUGACAAGAAAUUUGAAUGAACAAAUGACCAGUAGGAGAGAGGCGAUGACAAAACCUUGAUGCUUUGGUGGACCAUACAUAGACAUACGCCUGGCUGAAGAAAAUAAAAACAUCUGCUUCAGGGAAAGGUGUUAAUCUUACUUGACAACUAGCCAUAAUGUUUUGGAUUUGACUUGCUCAGUCAUCAAUAUGGUGCUUUCAUAUCAAGCAGUGUUUGUAAGGUCAUUUAACUGAAUUUUUUUUUUGAGGUAACUAGCUAGCUAGCCAGGCUACUGCUUGCUUGAAUUUGCUAGCUAGCUUACUAGCCAACGUUAGCAAUUGGACCUGCACUUGGUAUUCAAUCAAACCAGCCGAUUCAGUCGUCAAUUCGGGAAUUUGCGGUCGUGCAUGUUAAUGCAUCAUCAUCUGUUUCAAUAGCUCUGCCAGCCCAGCACACCCAUGAUCCAGCAGGCAGCUGAUGGAAGAUCCGGUUCCCAACGUGCCCACCAUGGUCUCCAGGCUGCCCAAGUUUGGCUCGCGCCCCACGGCUGUGGCUGCCACCGCCCCACUGACCAAUGGGACCCGCCACCACCCUGCCUCCAGCACCACGGGCAAAGGGUUACCCACUGCCACCACCAGGCAGAACGGAACAAUCCGGAUGUCCUCCUCCUUCUCUCUGAAGUGGAAGAAGGGAAAAGGGGGAUACCCUGUGGAGAGGGGGGGGGACUCAUUGGAGGAGGACAGAACUGGAGCUGGGCAUCAACCCCGACAACCGCAGCACUUACCAAUGGUGGUACGGGAGAUUAAGAAGCCGUCUAGCAUGCCUGCCACAGUUAAGGUACAGGGGUGUGCUUCCACCUUCCCCAGGACUAUACGCUCCAGAACUGGGUCUCGCGGGGCUGUCCCCAAACAGGCCUUGUCUGGACAGAGUCUCGGCAAUGGCAAAGUGGGUCUCAAAGGCCAGGCGGGUGGUGGUGGGCGGUCUGGGACCGGUUCAGUCAGGCGGGGUCAAAGCUGUGGUUCUCCCCACAGCAACCUGACCAGCAGCCUGUCCCAGUCCAGCGACAGCCUGGAGACUGCCACAGAGGAGAACAUGGUGCGGUCCCAGAGCCUCACCCACGUCAAGAGGAUCCCCUCCUCCACCGAGCCACCCAUCAUCCGCUCCUACUCCUUCAACAGGUCCUCGGAGCUGGCCAAGGAGCUGCCCAGGCCUCUAGCCAAGUCCCCGCUGGUCAAGACAUCUCCCCUGGCCAGACCAACCCCUGUGCUGAGUAGUGGGGGGAGAGGAAAAGGCCUACAUCUUAGUAAGUGUGGACCUAGACCAGUGCCAGGCAGGGCUGGGUUGGAAACAACUAGCUGCAUCUUGCCACCCAUCACACUGAGGAAGUCCUUACUACCUAGUUCAGCCUCCUCCACCACCAAGUCUUCGGCCCUCAGCUACAGGCUUACACGACCCUCCCUCAUCAAGCAGCCUUACCUUGUCCUGGCCCCCACCUCCCAGAAGGUCCAUGGCAACAGAAAGGAAAGCGAGGGGAGGAGGAACUCGGUGGAGAUGCCCACUGUCACCCCAGACCUGACAAGCAUCACUGACAGCCCAGGGAGUACCCCAGAGGGCCUGCUAGAGGAGCCUGUGGCCCCCAGUGGUGUCCAUUCCCUGGGAGAAGGCCUGGAGGACAUGUCACUCUCCUCCACCUCCUCCCUGGAGCUCAACGACACCAGCGAGGAGUACAUGGACGAUUUUGACAACCUGGGAAAUGGAGGAGACGGCAUUCUGCUGCUCCCGGCCCAGAACGGAAGGCUCGAUCAAUCACAGCCUGACUUGGAUGAUGACAACGCAGACGUCAACCGACGGCACGGUGGAACCUCCAUGACUGGCCUUCACAGCUUCCUGUCUGACAGUGUGGACUGGGCCAGGAUGGGACUCACUGGGGGGUUGUCUCGGCGUACUAGCCAGGCCCUGUCUGGGGGUGCAGAAUACCCCCUUGGCUCAUCUCUGGACCUGUCCCCCUCAGACUCUGGCUCGGGGGGGACCUACAUGUGGGACGAGGAGGGUCUGGAGGCCCUUGGGACCAUCACACACCCCUGUGGGAGUUACGACUCAGACCUCAACAGCAUGGAUAUACUCAACAACCUGGACAACCUGGAGUCUGGGUGUGACCUGGAUGACGAUGACCUCAUGCUGGACGAUGACCUCCCUGCGCAUGGCUCCUUGCACAGUGAUACUGAUGGGAUGUCCCAUCUGACCCACUGGAGAAGACAGCUCUGUUGGAAUGCAGAGGAUCACCUCCACAAUGACAACCGUAGUGACGUUGGGUUCCAGCCAUAUGAUGGGUACCAGGGCACAGGCUUGUCAGGCCUUCAUCAGGCUGUGGAGCUGGACGAGCUGACUCUGAAACACAUGGCGGAGGACUGCUGCUCUGUCAAGACCCAGCUAGAACACCUGAAGCUACUGCUGCAGGUGGAGGUUGGUAGUGAGAUGGACAACACUCUGGAUACAUUGAGUCCAGAAUCCAGAGAGGACCCCAUUCGAGCUCGACAGGUAGAGGAGCUGUUGAAGGAGGUGCAGGAGCUGAGAGAGGAGCUGAGAAGUAAAGAUAGGAUCAUUGCUCAGCUCACCAAGCAUGUGGCUGUUCCUGUCGAGCCCACGAGAUGCCACUGCCAGCAGCACAGGGAUGUGGAAAGUGUGACGGUGACCUACCAUGACAAGGCCACACAGACUCCACCGUGGAGGGGACAUGCUCCUCAAAUACUACAGCCUUCCAGGCCAUGGCCCAACAGCGUGCAGCAACCUCAACCCCAGGAAAGACUAACAAGCUCAGCCCACACCGAGGCCCCCCGAGACUCCUCCAACCCAGGCUGUGGGGACCCGGCCAAAAUGAUUCCUGCCCCUAGCCUCCCGCAGUCCCCCGGCUCUCUGAAAACAGCCUCCAUCCCUAAAAGGCCACAGGAAGGCCCCAUAACCAACUCCACCCAGACGUCCAUGGCAGGCUUCCCCAGGGUGGUGAGAGGAAUCCAGUUUAGGAGCAGUCUCAGGCCGGGCUUCACAACUCCACAGUCCAGGCUGCUCCCACCUCUCUUCAGAGGUCUGCCCUGCUACAGCUCCGCGAACCAGGCCUCUGCCUCCUCCCAGAGCCCUGCACUGCCGGCCUGCCCCCGGACCAAAGCACCCAGACAGACUCCAGGCCUCAGAGAACCAGAGAUUGGCGGGCUCAAGGCCAGAGGUCUAGUCCAUCCCAGCCUCUUACGACUUCCCAAGCCAAAGAGCCACUGACUGCUAUCUCUCAACUCUCAAACAUUGCCAUGUAGCAAGACCACUCAGCACCACCUUCUGCCCAUUCAAACCCAAAAGAUCUGACUUCUUCUAAAGGCUUCCAGGCCUCACCUCAGCAAGGUUACCGUGUCUACCCUGUAAGAAUGGAAGACUUGUAGAUUAUAUCCGAAAUAACAAACUAGGUGUUUCAAGCCCUGAAUGCUGAUUACCUGACAGCCGUGGUAUAUCAGACCGUAUACUACG